GCUUCUUUUCCAGUUUUAGUUCUCACUUAAACUUCUAGAUCACCACUUUGCAUUGGUCAAGCACUUGCAGAUUUUCAUGUUCAGAGCACACAUUUGGAAAAAUUGCUUGAUAGCAAAAAACUUUCCCUUUAAAAAGGUUAUGUCUAUGAUUUGCCUAACGCCUUUAUCUAGAAGUACAGAGCUCUGUGUUCCUUUUUUUGUUUCUUUAUGUAUUCAGUCUCCAUCUCUGCUGAUUUUGACGGUGCCCUUUCUGAGUUUUCUAUAAUAUUUCCAAAAUGGACUUAUUCAUAUCAUAUACAACGACCGUUGUUCUAGGGAUCUGUAUUGUUAAGUACAAGAUUUGACUAUAUUUAGUGAGUAAAUAUUUAUCUCAUAAGGUGUUUGCACAAAACCAAGUAAUUUAAUCUUAGCAGUUAAAAAUGAAAGUGAUUAUAUAUAAUUUAAUCAUAGUUAAGUGAUAAAUGUAUAUUAGUGCGGCUAAUAUUUUAGCAUAUUCAGAACAUAUGGGUUGCAAUCAAUGUGGACACAGAAGACAUGAAGCCAAACCAACCAAGAUCCAUCCAGCUUCCAGCCUGGGUUUUCUCAAUUAAAGUUGCUUCUUUUUUCCUGCUCAACCACCCAAUAUGUUCUACUAGUAUAUGUAUUUAUGCCAAGAUUUCACAAUCUUAAAGUCAACUGUUUAGACUGCCCAAUUGGAGCGUCUAUCCUUAGUAGACAAAAGAAAAUGUCAAAAGCCUCUUACAGAAGAGAAAAGGACAGGUUGAUAACAAAUGAGAGACAACAUGUUCUGGAGAUUUUCUUCUUCUUUUUUUGAAUUUUGAUUAGAGGGUUGGACCAAUAAUAGAGGGAGUUGGCAACAGGCAGCAUGUGUUGAAAUUUAAAGCAAAGAAGGAUACAGUCAAUUAGAAAAUAGUUUUAUAUUUGUGUCUCUAUAAUCUAUCUGGUUCCACUUAAGAACUGGAAAUGUAUCUUAUCUUGAAAACAACCUGAUGUAGCUGCAGCCUGCAAAUAGGUGUUUUUUCUGCUUUAGACUUUUGUUUUCUCAGCUAGUAGUUAUGGGAAGCAGUUACUUCUUGAUCAUCCUUCUGUUGAACUUUCUGCAGCUUCUUUAUCCUUGUGUUUCACUUCCCUUGUGUACUGAUUCAAGGGCUCCUCUCCCUCAAAAGACUCCUUUGACUUUCUGCUCCUACAAUGGAACCUCAUGCUGCAGCUCCAGUGAUGAUAAACAAUUGAAGAACCAAUUUGAUGCUAUGAAUAUUUCUGAUUCUGGUUGUGCUUCUCUUGUAAAGUCAAUCCUUUGCGCGAAAUGUGAUCAAUUUUCAGCAGAUCUCUUUAGUACUAGUUCUGCUCCGAGACAACUCCCUAUACUGUGCAAUUCCACGACUACAGCAAAUUCUAAGCAAACUAGACAAGUUACCGAUGACUUUUGCUCUAAAGUAUGGACGACAUGUCAAAAUGUAUCCAUAAUGAACUCUCCCUUUGCUGCUUCCUUGAAAGGUCAAGCUCCAACACCUGUAAAGUCCAAUUCCACCAAGUUGACAGAUCUAUGGCAAUCACAAGACGAUUUCUGUAAUGCAUUUGGAGGAGCUGCUUCUGGUGUUGAUGGAACAGUAUGCUUUGCUGGGGAACCUGUUACCUUAAAUACCACUGAACCUCCAAGUCCUCCAGGCGGUUUGUGCCUCGAGAAAAUAGGAAAUGGUAGUUACCUCGACAUGGCUGCUCAUCCUGAUGGCUCUAAUCGUGCCUUUUUCUCGAAUCAGCAAGGAAAAAUAUGGUUGGCUACCAUUCCAGAAGUCGACUCUGGAAAGGUGUUAGAGCUUGAUGAAACAAAUCCUUUUCUGGAUCUAACUGAUGAAGUUCAUUUUGACACUCAAUUUGGUAUGAUGGGGAUUGCAUUUCAUCCAAAAUUUUCGCAGAAUGGCCGUUUCUUUGCUUCGUUCAAUUGUGAUAAGCAAACAUGGCCUGGUUGUGCGGGAAGAUGCUCUUGUAACUCAGAUGUGAAUUGUGAUCCAUCAAAACUACCUUCUGAUAGUGGUUCUCGGCCAUGCCAAUAUCAAUCCGUUAUAGCAGAAUUUACUGUUAAUGGGACUGCAUCCCAGCCUUCACUGGCAAAAACUGCCAGCGCGAAAGAAGUCAGAAGAAUAUUCACAAUGGGCCUUCCUUUUACAUCUCAUCAUGGAGGCCAGAUUCUUUUUGGACCUAAAGAUGGAUAUUUGUACUUUAUGAUGGGUGACGGUGGAGGUACAGGAGAUGCUUACAAUUUUGCCCAAAACAAGAAGUCGUUGCUUGGAAAGAUUAUGAGAUUUGAUGUUGAUAGCACACCGAGUAAGUUGGGUUCAAUUUCUAGAAAAGUACUGUACACCUGGAAAUUGUAUCUCCUAAAAUAUGUAAAGGGCAGCCCGAUGCAGAGUUUUUGGCAGAAAUCAUCCUUCAACUGUGGCCCAAAACUAGAGUACAUCCUUGUGUAAUAAUAGUGAACAAAAAACAUCCCUUAACUAUUCAAAAAAUGGCAAGAAUCAUCCUUCUGUUAA